UAAAUACACUAGGAUGCGCCAAACUAAUAUCGGACGGAUGUGAAUAAAUGUAUUCUUAAGAUCAUCAUAAGAAAAUUUAAUUUUAAUGCACCAAAAUUGAUUCAAAGAUAUUUUUAACCCUAAAUACUAAAAAAUAAUGCAUCGACUUAGUUUUCCCUGUCCGGCUCUCUCAGUUUGUUGUGUGUGAUCUCCUUACCGCUUUUUAAACACCCAUGCAUUGCCGCCAAAGGACAUUGGUCGGCUGGAAACUUGAGCCGAACGGAGUUGAUGCCUCUCCCUUCUCAAAAUCGCUCGUUCUACAAUUCGCUCAUUCAGUUUUCACAGCACAAAAACCUCCAAAAAGGCCGGGCUCUCCACGCUCAGAUAAUAAAAGGCGCUUCUUCCUCUUCUUGCAUAUACCUUGCCAACAGUCUCGUCAAUUUCUAUGCCAAAUGCGGGCAUUUACCCAAAGCCAAGCUCGUAUUCGAACAAAUUCGUGACAAAGAUGUGGUCUCGUGGAAUUGCCUUAUCAAUGGCUACUCCCAACAUGGCCCUGCAGGCUCCUCCAUUGUCAUGGAUUUGUUUCAGCGUAUGAGAGCAGAGAACACGUUCCCGAAUGCUCACACUUUUUCUGGCGUUUUCAAUGCCGCUUCAAACUUGUCCUGCACUUUGGGCGGCCAGCAGGCCCACGCUCUUGCCAUCAAAGCGGCUGGUUUUUAUGAUGUUUUUGUUGGGAGUUCUCUCCUUAACAUGUACUGUAAAGCGGGUCUACUUUUGGAGGCUCGCAAGGUGUUUGAUAGAAUGCCUGAGAGGAACGCUGUUACAUGGGCUACCAUGAUUUCUGGUUAUGCAAUUCAACGGCUGGCUGGAGAUGCUUUGAGGCUUUUUGAAUGGAUGCGUAGAGAAGAUGAGGAUUUGAAUGAGUAUGUGUUCACUAGUGUGCUUAGUGCUUUGGCCAUUCCUGAAUUCAUUGAUAGUGGCAAACAGAUACAUUGCCUAGCGGUUAAAAGCGGUCUGCUAGCAUUUGUUUCUACUUUAAACGCACUUGUUACCAUGUAUGCUAAAUGUGGGAGCUUAAACGAUUCUCUUCAAGUGUUUGAGAUGUCAAGUGGUAAGGAUUCUAUCACAUGGUCAGCUAUGAUCACUGGUUAUGCUCAAAGUGGAGAUUCUCAAAAGGCUCUGAAGCUCUUCUCUAAGAUGCAUUUUUCUGGGAUAAAGCCCAGUGAGUUUACCGUUGUUGGCGUUCUUAAUGCUUGCAGUGAUAUUGGUGCUGGUGAAGAAGGAAAGCAAGUGCAUAACUAUUUAUUGAAGUUGGGAUUUGAGUUCCAAAUGUACAUAAUGACAGCUUUGGUUGACAUGUAUGCAAAAUGUGGCUGUACAGCAGAUGCUCAGAAAGGUUUUGAUUAUUUACAAGAACCUGAUAUUGUUCUGUGGACAUCCAUGAUCGCAGGUUAUGUACAAAAUGGGGAGAAUGAAGAUGCUUUAAGCUUGUAUGGUAGAAUGCAGAUGGAAGGGAUUUUGCCCAAUGAUCUAACAAUGGCCAGUGUCUUAAAAGCAUGUUCAAGCCUUGCUGCUCUGGAUCAAGGAAGACAGAUUCAUGCCCGCACUAUUAAGUAUGGACUCACUCUGGAAGUACCAGUUGGAAGUGCUCUUUCAACCAUGUAUGCAAAAUGUGGGAGUCUAGAUGAGGGAAACUUUGUAUUUAAAAGGAUGCCAGAGAGAGAUACGGUCUCAUGCAAUGCAAUGAUAUCUGGACUUUCUCAAAAUGGGUAUGGUAAAGAAGCUCUAGAUCUCUUUGAGGAAAUGCGACUAGACGGCACAAAGCCAGAUGCUGUCACAUUUGUGAAUGUUCUCUCUGCUUGUAGCCACAUGGGAUUGGUGGAGAAAGGGUGGGCGUACUUCAAAAUGAUGUUUGAUGAAUUUGGUAUGGUUCCAAGAGUAGAGCACUAUGCCUGUAUGGUUGAUGUCCUGAGUCGUGCAGGGAAACUUAAGGAAGCAAAAGAAUUUAUUGAGUCAGCAAACAUAGACCAUGGCUUGUGUUUAUGGCGCAUUUUAUUAAGUGCCUGUCGGAAUUACCGAAACUAUGAAUUAGGUGCCUAUGCAGGUGAGAAACUAAUGGCGUUGGGCUCACAAGAAUCAUCUGCUUAUGUGUUGUUAUCAAGUAUCUACAUUGCCUUGGGCAGGCCUGAAGAUGUGGAACGAGUCAGGAGCAUGAUGAGAGUUCGAGGAGUGAGUAAGGAGCCUGGGUGUAGCUGGAUUGAACUCAAGAGUCAUGUUCAUGUAUUUGUCGUUGGGGACCAAAUACAUCCACAUAUUAGAGAAAUACGAUUAGAGAUACGAAGGUUGAGCAAACAAAUAAAGGAUGAAGGUUACCAACCAGCUUCUGAUUUGCUUUUAUGACUUUAUUUAGUUGAUCAGUUCCAAUAAUGAACUGCCUCAAUUUUCAAUCUUGGGGAGUGGAAACGGAUUUGGAAACUUCAUAUACCUCCUAAAAUAAAAAAUUUUGUGUGGAGAGCACUCAGAGGCAUUCUCCCUACAAAGGUUAAUGUGCUGCGGAAGUGAUUUGACGGGGAUACUAUUUGCUCCAUUUGCGGGUUAGAGGAGGAUGACCUUCGUGUUUUUGUCCAUUGCCCCAAGGCUAAAGAACGUUGGAAUAUACUUGGCAUUUCUUUUCAGCCACAAGCUUUAUCUAAUCUCUGUGAUCGAUUUGCUUUCAUUUUUAGAGAUGUUGAUGUGGGUUUGCAUGAGAAAGUUUAUUCUGUGUUAUGGACCUUGUGGUACCACCGUAAUUUGUUAAUCUGGCAGGGAAAGAAUUCUGUUCCGCAUGAAA